AUGAGUGGAUACGUUCUUUCUCUUUGUUCAUUACCUUUGUCUUCUCCCGUUUCUUUCUUUCUUUCUUUCUUUCUUUCUUUCUUUCUUUCUUUCUUUCUUUUCUUUCUUUCUUUCUUUCCUUACUUUCUUUCUGCUUUUUAUGCUUCUUUUAAUUCAUAUUUUCGGUUUGAGUUAUUUUAUUUUUUUUUUCAUUCGUCCUUUCUUCCAAUUUUCACUAUUUCUAUUUUUUUUUUUUUUAUUUUGAGUUACAUUUGUUUUUAUUAUCAUUUCUUUCUUUCUAUCUUUCUUCAUUUAUUUAUUUCUUUCUUUUUUACUGCUUUCAUUUUCUAUAUUUGUUUUAUAUUAUCUUUAUUCUUCUUUCAUCUUUUUUCCUUUUUCUUUCUUGCUAUCUUUCUUUCUUUCCUUCUUUCUUACUCCUUUCAUAAUCUUCUUCUUUCUUUCUUUCGUUGUCUCUCUUUCUUUCCUUUAAUGUUUUUUGUAUUUAUUUGUUAUGUAAUUCGCUAUUUUAUUCAUUCUUUCUUUCAUUUUUUUAUUCAUAUAUUUACAUAUUUUUCAUUUCUUUCUAUAUUUCCAUCUUUAAUUUACAUUUUUCUUAUUCAUUUUACAUUUGUUUAUUCCUUUAAUUUGUACUUCAUUCUUUUUUUUCUUGCAUUUUAUUCUCUGUUUUGCCUUUCGAUCUUUCAUUGA